AUGUCUACCAGUACAGUCGGCGAUAUGAACUCCUCCACCUCGAGGCCCGUCGACGCGAUGACUGCCAGGGAGGUCAUAAACGCACUCCGACGAAAAUGCAUCGCCGGGUGUACACAUCUUGUAUUUCAACGUAUUGGAGGAGGAGUUGGAACGUGCAUAUUCUUUACUCAACAAAGAAGAGCAACGAAGGGCGAUGAGGUCAGCGCGGCAAAAUACCCAACUUUUCUGCCUCACAUCCCUUCUUUCGGGAUCACUUACAACGACGAAUUCAACUUUGUCAUCGGAUUUAUAGAUAGUGCCGUGCACGUAGAGGCAGUUGUUCAAUGGAGCUUGCUCGUCUGUAAUCGUCUUACAGCUCUGAUCCCUGAAAGCGAGCGUCCAGCGUUGCCUCCAGGUUUAAUGUACCUUUCAUCCUCUCUAGCUCAGCAACUUGGGCCGAGAAAGAAAGAAGCAGAUGAUGGUAUUCGGCCUCUCUCCUCUCUCAAUCCUAGCAUUCUUUUCGAGAUUGGAAGUUCGGAAACCUCGAAACAAUUGAGGAUUGAUGCCAAGCUAUGGGUUGAACACUUACCAGAGGUACAACUCGUCAUGCUUCUAUUCAUUGACCCUGCCACUGCCGACCCCAACUCCAAAGAUAUCUAUUGA